UUCAUUACUCAUAAAACACAAAAACACCAAAAAAAAUAGUUUACAAAAGACAGACAGAUCGCAAAAGCCAUUCCUCAAAUAAAAUAAAACAAAUACUAAAAAAGACAGCUUUGAGUGAACACCUACAACGUCGUCUUCGUCCCACACAGGAAGUUCAAUUGAAAAUGGUGACCAACCACCAUUAUACUCGAGUCGAUACGUUGGAGCUGAGGGAUCUAAUCUAUAGGAAGAUUGGGCAACACAGAGCUGAAAAGUACUUUGAUGAGCUUAGUAGAUUUUUCAGUUCAAAGUUGAGCAAGGUUGACUUCGAUAAGUCGUGCAUUCGAACUAUUGGGAGAGAGAAUAUUCACCUACAUAAUCGUCUCCUUCUAUCCAUAGUGAAAAAUGCCUCUUUGGGUAAGGUUCCACCACCAAGGCCUAAAAAAGCUGAAGAAUCUCUCAGCAUCAAAGUUGGGAACGGUUACCAAAGAAGUUGUCUACAAUCGCUCUAUGGUGAUGCAUUUCCCUCAUCACCUCGCAAAACCAGGUCUCCAGUUAGUAGGGACAGAAGGUUGCGGGACCGUCCAAGUCCUCUUGGACCACUUGGGAAAAGUCCUGUUAUGUGUGAAGAAGCAGCACCUAGGGUACAAGAACAGCAAAGUGCCACAGAAUUGCAUUCCCUUGGUAGCAGACCUCCAGUUGAAGUUGCAUCUGUAGAAGAUGGGGAAGAAGUCGAACAAUUUGUUGGAAGUCCAGGAAUUCAAAGCAGAAGCCUUGUCACUGCCCCUCUUGGAAUUUCUGUGAAUGUAGGUGGUGCUCGAAAAACUCUCCAUAGUGGAUCUGUGUACAACUUUCGUCUGGAGACUUGCCAAAGCUGUAGAGAAUUGCCUGAGAGUAGAUCGCUAAGAAGCCGUUUGGAGCAGAAGUUAGAGUCGGAGGGGCUUGGCAUAUCAUUGGACUGUGCUAACCUGCUAAAUAAUAGCUUAGAUGCAUUUUUGAAAAGGUUGAUUGAACCUUGCAUAGGACUGGCUGGAUCUCGACAUACAAAUGAACGUGUCAGAUAUAGUAAUGGUCAAAUACUCCCUGGAUGGUAUGGACAAUUUCCUGGAAAUUAUACAAAAAGACAAACAAGAUCCUCAUAUGGUAGGAUGUUGGAUUUCCGAGUGGCAGUGGAGACUAAUCCUCAUAUACUUGGGGGAGAUUGGUCCACGCUACUUGAGAAGGUCUGUGCUUCUGCUUCUGAAUAAACAGCUCUUUGUCAUCUAUCUUGUUACCAGAUGGAUAAGUGGAAAUUUCAGGCUUUUGUGUCUGAUUUGAAUGAUGAAGUUCUUGACAUGAUUUCUGACUGAAUGAAGUAUCUAUGAGAAUUGCCAAAGGAACAAGCAUGUGAAUAUUGUGGGAAGCGGUCAGAUGUGUGUUGUGAGAUUUGUAUUCUAGGAGAAUUGGUCCCUUGGAAGGGUCAGAGUUACAUAGAUUAUGGAUAGAUAUUGUUUACAAGCACUUGCUCUUAUGUCAUUUUUCAUUUACAGAUGAGGUUUCUAUGAAAUAUUUUCAUGAAAUAAAUCAUUUAGUUCCAUGCAGCUGUGUACUAUUGUAAAACUGAGAAGUUAGCAAGUGAAUCAAUUUCUAACCAUUA